UCACCGCAUGCGCCAUCAACCAUGUCUCAUCAGUGCCGCCAAAAAUGUACCAGUCUCCCGCCACACACAUCCAAUAUUCUGCUUAGCAAAACUUAGCUCCAAAUCGAUAAUUACUCAAACAUAAAGCGAUUCAUCUAAUAUGUUCAUUGAAGUGACAUGUUGAUAAAACUCACAGCUUUAUACAGUAGGCCAUAAAUCAUAAACUCUGUUUCAGAGAACAAAAGAAUGAAUUCAUCAGUUGUAGAAUCAGAAACCAAAUGUGAAAUCAAUAAGAAGCAGCCUCAUGCUGUGUGUAUUCCAUUUCCAGCUCAGGGACACAUAAAUCCCAUGAUCGAACUAGCCAAACUUCUUCACAGCAAAGGCUUCCGCAUCACUUUUGUCAACACAGAGUACAACCACCGGCGGCUACUCAAAUCCAGAGGACCCGGAUCUUUAGAUGGCUUUCCUGGCUUCAGAUUCCAGUCAAUCCCAGAUGGGCUUCCUCCUCCGGUUGCGGCUGAGGACGGUGGAGGCAGUGCCGGAGAUUCCACUCAGGAUAUCCCAUCUCUUUGUGAUUCAACCGCUAAGAAUUUCUUGGCUCCCUUUCUUGCACUCCUCAAGAAGCUUAACUCGCCGGCGAGUUGUGUAGUUUGUGAUGCCAUCAUGUGUUUUGCUAUUGAUGCCGCUCGGGAAAUUGGUGUUCCCGGGUAUUGUUUCCGGACUACCUGCGCCGCCUCCUUCUUCGCCAACCGAAAUCUGCCCGGUUUGAUACAAAAAGGAAUCUUGCCUCUCAAAGAUUCAGCUUGCUUAACAAAUGGUUACUUGGAGUCCCGAUUAGAUUGGAUACCGCCGCUAAAAAAUGUUCGCCUGAGGGAUCUCGCUACCUUUAUAAGAACAACUGAUCUAAACGAUGUGAUGCUGAACUUCAUCAUUUCACAAGCGCAAGAGGUUUCAAAAGCAUCAGGCAUAAUAUUCAACACUUUUGACGAUCUUGAAAAUGAAGUAUUGGCUGAUCUGUCUUUAAUCUGCCCUCCAAUUUACACCUUUGGCCCUGUUCAUUUCCUCAUCAAUCAGCAUCCACAAAACAAAAGUCUAAACUCCCUUGGAGGAAGCCUCUGGAAAGAAGACCAGGAAUGCCUGGAAUGGUUAUACUCCAGAGCUCGAAACUCGGUGGUGUAUGUGAACUUUGGUAGCAUCACGGUCCUGACUCCGCAGCAAUUAGUAGAGUUUGCCUGGGGAUUGGCUGACAGCAAAAAGGAUUUCCUGUGGGCAAUUAGACCGGAUGCAGUUACGGGAGAUUGUAAAGUGAAUUUGCCAUCGGAAUUUUUCGAGGAAACAGAACAGAGAGGCCUGAUUGUGAAAUGGUGCCCUCAAGAACAAGUGCUUAACCAUCCUGCCAUUGGAGCUUUCUUAACUCAUUGUGGAUGGAAUUCUAUGCUGGAAAGCAUAGCCAGUGGCGUGCCGAUGAUUUGCUGGCCAUUUUUCGCGGAUCAGCAAAUCAAUUGUAGGUUUGCUUGUGUUGAGUGGGGUGUUGGCUUGGAGAUUGAUAGUAAUGUCAACAGAGUUGAAGUGGCCAAGGCUGUAACAGAAUUGAUUGAUGGAGAAAAGGGGAAGCAAUUGAAGACUAAUGCCAUCAAAUGGAAGAACAAGGCAGCAGAAGCCACCAGUUCUGUAAAUGGUUCUUCAUACUUGAACUUGGACAAAUUAGUUGCACAUAUGUUAAGCAAGCAAUAGGUUAUUUGUUGAGACUGUUUUUUUGUUCCAUGUCAAUAAUUCUUGCUUUAGUGUCAUUUAUUUUCUGAAAUUAGAUCACUGUAGAAGAGUUAGAAAUGUCUCUUCCUCUUCUUUUUUUUUUUUUUUUUUUUCCAUGUUUUUCGUUAUUCAAAAAUGAUUACUGAAAAAUUCUGC